UCUCGAAACAUCAUCAUGGCGAUCAUCAAACUGGCAUUUGUCUUGGUUUUGCUGUUGGUGUCGUGUGCCGCACUGCCUGCUGAAGCACCUCCUGAUGUGAAGCCUCGCUACCAAAACUUCCUGACUCAGCAUGUUUACCCUACAAUGACUGAGGCUAAGUGUACCAGCGAGAUCAGACGGAGGAAAAUCACUGAUGGGAACACCAACAACUGCAAAGAAGUGAACACCUUCAUAAAGACCAAUAUAAAAGAUAUCAUGCCCGUGUGUGGGGGCGCCACAGGUCGUUUUACAAGCGGUCAACCUUUCACUGUGGUCACUUGCAAACUAGACUCUGGAGAAAGACGGCCAAGGUGUGACUACGGCGAAAAAGGUCACCAGAGCAUUCGAUACAUUACAAUAGAAUGUGAUCAGGGUUGGCCCGUGCAUUACCAGGAAGACACAGUUGUUGUAGGCUGAAAUUUUCAAAAGCCAGAUGUUUACUGACGCUCUUAAAAGUACCUAUCCAAUCAAUCUGCAGCUAAACUAAUGUUUAACGUUCCUGAUUGAUCUGAUUUUAAUUAAAAAAAUUUUUUUACUUCAGUGAGCCUCUGAGGUGGUUGUGUCGAAGACAGAAAAACAUUUGAAUAAUUCAUUUCUCUAAUCUUUUAUUUCUCUGUAUUAAAUACAUUAUACGUUUUCCAGAUGUUUCACUCACAUACUGUUUUUAUUCAGGUGUGUAACACGUUGUGUUGGACGGGGUCAGGGGGAUAAAAAAAAAAAUAAAUUAUAGGAUAAUUUAAACGUAUGUGUUAAAUAUAUAGUCUCUAUGCAUUUUAACUUAUUUUCCAUUCUUUGUUGAAUCAUGUGAAAUCUAUUUUUAAUUUUCUUUGAAAAAAAUUAAAUAAACAAAUGCAGUUUCAACGGUGAUUCUUUUUGAGGCCUUGUACUCGGUACGUUCAUGUUUCAGUAUUGCUGUAACAGACGGCGAUGGAGGAUUUCAGGAUGGGUUUUUUUUUUCAGUAUCUUUAAUAUCCAGCAAGCAGUAAUUAGAUUGGAAUUUGAUGUCCUGGGUGAUUUUGAGAUGUUUUAUAUGUGAUUAAUGUAUUUAUCUUAUGAUGUACUUAUGAUGUAUUCUAGGGAGGAAAAUAAAUUUGUGUCACUGUGAAAAACA